GCGUGUUGAACGGUGUGGACGCGCAGCUCGGCAGAGUGGUGGAAGUGGUGGAGGCGGACAUUGUUGUGGUUAACAGUUCAGCCCUGGAGGAUGUGGGGAUGCAGCGCGUUUGAUAGCAGGUGAGAGUGGACUGUUAUUCAUCCGCGUUACACAACGACGUGGCGACGCUCGGGGAGAGCGCGCGGCUGCGGCGCAGAGCCUUUCAACACCCGCACAUCCGCCGAGCUCAUCAAUGUGGCGGUGCGAGCACCGUGAAAAAGCACAACAUCUGCAGGGCGGGCUGGAAUAAGCCCCCGUGGAUAGACCGCGCCUUUUUUUUUUUUUUUUGGUUCAGAAACGCUGUUUUUGACGCUGGGAGGUGAAAGGAGAGGUGGACAAACGGAAGGUGCCGCGCUCCCCGAGGCCCGAGAAGGGGGGCCCGCUAUGCUGAGUCUGACAGAUUGACGUUAAUGGGAGCUUGCGGUGCAUCUUCAUCCACGACCUCAUUAAGGCAUUGUGCUCUGUGGGCGGAUUUGACACAGAAACAGGACAGGAGCCGCGGAAUGAAAAGAUCCCACCAUUUUAUGAAACAUCCAGUGAUUAAGUCACAUCUGGAAAACGGUGAGGUGAAGAUGAGGAUGUGGUAACUGUGUUGGCAUUAAAUCCAGCUGUAAUUCAACCUCAGGAACCCACUGACUGGACUUUCACAUUUAAAAUGGGCAGUGACGGUGAGGUGAUCAACAGAGAACUGUCCAAGAUGUCAGACGAGGAUUUACUGGCCUGUUCCAAAGAGGAGCUGGUGAGCCGGCUGCGGAAAGAGGAAUCAGAGAAGAUAUCCGCUCUGAUCCAACGCGGCCGGCUGAUCAAAGAAGUCAACAAACAGCUGCAGGGACACCUUCUGGAAAUCAGGGAACUGAAAGUCAUCAACCAGCGGCUGCAAGAGGAGAACGUGGAACUGCGAGACCUGUGCUGCUUUCUGGAUGACGACCGGCUUAAAGUGAAAAAGCUGGCCCGGGAAUGGCAGCUGUUUGGGCAUCACGCAGCCAAAGUGAUGCGUGAGGACCUAGGUGGGUACUUAAAAAAGCUCGCCGACCUGGAGCGAAUGCAGGACGGGCUGGUGAAGGAGAAUCUAGACCUGAAGGAGCUGUGCCUGGUGCUGGAGGAGGAGUGCGUGAGCAGGAGCGACUCCAGUCCCGGAGGGUCGACGGAGCUCAACCUGCCCUGCAUGGUCGCCCGGGACCUUGGAGACGGGAGCUCCAGCACCGGCAGCGUGGGAAGUCCGGACCAACUUCACUUGGUGUGCUCACCUGACGACUGAUGGCAGCUUUACGUCAGCAAUCAGGGCUUCUCCUCCUCAUGCAGGGAGGAGGCUGUGAAACAAAAUUAGGGCUGCCUGAAUGCUGCUAAGAAUUUUGUGCCACUUACGGUUUUGAUGAUAAACUUCAGGACUUUACAAAGACAUGUCAUUUCCCACAUAGGGUGUCUACAUUUUACAGUAUUUUUAACGAUUCUUCUGGGAUUUCUCCUUUUUCAGUCAUGUAUUGUAAAAAAAAAAAAGGAAAGAAAUGGGACCAAAAAGUGGGUCACAUGUGUAAAUUUAUCUCAUGCACUGGACUAGCCUACACUGGUAUAAAAGCCUUUUAUUUCUACUGCACUGGACAGCACAAUCUUAGAUCUCCAAAUGGCAGAUCUCAAGAUUUGUUUGAGUCCAGUUUCGAGCCAUAUUAGGUCCACUGAAACCCAAUAGCAGUGACAUAGAAGCAUUGUGAUGAAAACACAACUAUUUGAUAUGAGGUUUUUUCUAGAAACAAACCCACUCUGCUCCUCAGGACAGGAUAUGAGUGCCAUACGAUGACUGGACUGUUCAGGCAGUUUGUGAUGGCCCACGCGGGGGGGGGGGGGGGGGGGGGGGGGGGGGGGGUCCUGGCUGAGUGGGGCUGCCUUGUAGGAUCUAGUUAAUGUGAGCAGUCAACACAAAAGUUGCAGAUCUAAAAAUUACUGAUGGAGCUAAACUAAAAAAAAAGAAGUUUAUAAAAACCCAUCUGGGAAACUUUGAAUCAAACUGGAAGGUCUACAAGUUUUUAAUGAUUUUUCUUCUAUUUGAGUGGGUUAGAGACGGUUGUUUAGACAUUUUUAUGAUAUUCAUUUGGUAUACCGCUGUAUUUCUUUAGGCCGGUAAUUCCCGGCUCUUCUUCUUCUGUAAGUCAUGUUUUUGUAUUUAAUCUGUAACGUACAGGAUCAUCUCACCUUUGACCCCUUCUUUCUAUUGGUUUGUCUGUAUUAACGGAACUAACUAUUUUCUGUUGGAAUCAUAAAUGACGCACAUGGAUUAGAAAAAGACUUAAUUUGUGGUCAGCUGUUUCAUUGGUGGGCUAUGCUCGUAGUGCACUAAAGAGCUUUAAAUACAGUGGGUGUGACACCCUGUUGCUGUCCCGACUGUUCAUUGUGUGCUUGAGCGUUCACGUGACGGCAAACGCUGGAUCGAUUUCUGCACUGGUUGUUCUGACAUUCUGUGUUGGUUUCUAACUCGGGCUCCGCCUCUGACACUGGAGCCUCAUUUCAGCGAUCCAGCGCUGCCUUUACUGUAGCCACAGGUGAUUUAGCGGGAGAUUUUGGGGAAGCUGUGGGCCUGUCACAGCUAAGGGGUCAGGAAGCGGUCAACACGCACCUUCGUGAGCUGCCAUUAGAAAUCAGCAUCACAAUUGAUUACCUUUGCACUUUUUCGGCUCAAUUAACUCCUUUUUUAAUGAGAGCUAAAGUGAUUUCCUAGAAUUUAUGUCAUUAAUGAACAUGUUUUAAUUGACCAAACAUGCUAAGGGGG